AUGGAGGCACUGACGUCAGCUUGGGAGAGGAAGCGCGAUGCUCGCGGACCAUUCUUGAAGACGAGGUCGCUGGAGCUAGUGGAAGAAGAUAGGUUGCGUCUCGAAGAAGACGUCCUAGGGCAUGAGCUAACUGUCACAAUAAAUACAAGACUAUCUCUCAUCUCGUAUAUUGACUAUUUAAUAGGUGAAGUCAUUUCCACACAAUCCAAAGAAGUACAGCGUAUAUGCCUGAAUUUGAAUAUACAAGUGGACAAUCCCGUUUGUAUUUUAAAUCAAGAUAUAUCGCGUAACUUUCUCAACACAGCCGAUACAACACAAAAAUUUAAAUUAUUUAUGCGAGCCACUCGCUUACAAGCCCUUAAGGAAGAAUACAACCAAAUCAAUGAAAAUAAGACUGACGCAUUGAGGUUAAUGCAGAGCCACGAAGAGGUUCUUAGAACGCUAAAAGAAAAUAUUGAACAGCUACAACAGAAACUUGAAAAUCACCAAUCUAUCGUUAAAUUACGACAAAAGCUUUCAUCAGUGCAACAAGAAUUACUUUGGGCAAAAGUGCGGGAUUUAGAACAAGAAUUGCGAAUUAAAGAGGACGAAGUUGAGAAAAUUCAACGAGAAUUGAGAAAAAAUCAAGAUGAAGUUGAUUCUUACAAUCAAAGAGAUCAAUUGGUUCAAGAGGAAAUCAACUCAACCCAUAAUAAAAUAGCUGCACUGCAACUUACAAUUGAGGAGCAGACAAGGCCACUUUAUCGGGAGCAGGAAUUACUUGAGUCCUUGGAAAGAACUAUUCAAGAAAAUACCAGGGAAAAGAAUAUUCUCGAAUGCGAUAUUAGAAAUAAAAAUUUGGAUUAUCAAAACUUGCAGCAAGAAAUUACUAAGAUAAAUGAAAAGUUACCUCAAAUUGAAGAAGUUAAAGCGAAACGUCUUAAAGAGCUGUCAGAGAUGGAAAAAAGAAUGAACAGUAUGCGAGACCUUUUAAAAACUACCCAAAAUGAGAAGUUUCAGUUGCAAAAUUCUAUAAUGUACAAACAAGAAGAAGACAGUAAUUUAAAUGCAGAAAUAGUACAAAUAGAUAAACAGAUGGGUUCAUUACAAAAUCGAAUCACUUCAAUGAAAACGGAAUCGAACAAUCUGGUACUGUAUGGUCGAGAUAUGCCUAAAAUAAAGGAAAUUAUUGAGAGACGCAGAAAUGAAUUUCAUCAUAUGCCGCGUGGACCAUUAGGCUCUUAUAUAAAACUUCAUGAUAAAAAGUGGGCAGUAGCGGUUGAAGGAUUUAUUGGAAGUAGUAUUUUGCGGGCCUUUGCAGUGGAUAAUCAAAAAGAUAAUGCGCUACUAUUGAAAAUUUUUAAUGAAUAUUGGACAUCUGGUUCCCAACCCACAAUAAUAACCAGUAAAUUUUUUUUCCAGGUUCAUGAUGUCUCUAGAAAUAUCGUUAAAUGUGGAAAUAAUUGUAUUAGUAUCUAUGAGUCAGUAAACAUUUCGGAUCCUGUUGUGGCUAAUUGCUUAAUCGAUCAACUGGGCAUAGAAAGUAUUAUAUUACUUCCCUCCACAGAAAUUGCAAUCGAAUUGAUGGCAAAUGCACGUAAUGUACCUGAGAAUUGUCGCCAAGGUGUGACCAUUACAGGUGAUAAAUAUUAUCCUGACCCCAACUAUAAAAUGUAUAGUUCUCGCUAUAAACACGCACAAUAUCUGCAAGUCAGCACAGGUGAUAUGAUAAGGCAGUUGGAAACGCAGUUACAGACACUUCAAGAAAAAAUGAAAUCAACAGAAAUUCAGCAGAAACAAAUAAAUGGUGAAUUAAAACAACAAAGACAAAAAAUUAAAGCCCAGGACAUAAAAAUCACAAAAUUAAAUCAGGCUUUAACGUCGCUUAAAGAAAGAUAUGAUGAAAUUAGGGAGACUGAAGAACCUGACGUAACAACUGUUCAUGAACUGGAAACUGAACUUAAAGAAUUAGAAAAAGCUAUAGAACAAAGAAAAAAAACAGUUGAACACAUUCAAAAUAAUAUAAAUGAUUCGCAGAAUAAAUUAAAAGAAACAGGAACGAAUUUAAAGAAGAUCAAAGAAGUUCAAAGAGGAUUCGAAGACAGGCUAACGCCAUUAAAGCAACAGUUAGCUAAUAUGAAGGCCGAACGUAACGAAUCGCUGGUAAAUAUACAAUGUACAAAAGAAAGAUUAAACGAAUAUCAAGCUAAGUACAAAUUAAUUCAAUCUGAAUACUUGGCAACAAAAGCAAAUGUGAAUAAGCACAUAGAACAAGCUGCCGCCUUAGGGGAAAGACUUAGCAUAUUAAGAGAUGUUAAUGAAAUAAUGAGUGAUAUGGAUAAAAUAAAUCAUAUUAUGAGAAGAGUAGAGUCUAGUGUUGAAGAACCUGAAUAUAUUCUACAAAAAAUUGAUGAGGCAACAAAAAAGCACAAUCAGAACUCCGAAUUACUAGAUGCUUUAAGAAGUGAUGUUAAGCAGCUGCAAAUAGCUUCUGAAAAGAGAAAAAAGAUUUAUAAAAAUAUAGAAAAUUAUUUUAAAAGUAUAUUUUCUAAUUCUUUUCUACGUUUUCUUCAAUUACGACAGUUUAAGGGUGAAGUAGAAAUUGAUUUCAAGAACAAAACAUUAAACCUUAUAGUUAUUCCUCAGCAAGGGUCACAAGGAUAUACUUCGACAUCGAAUCUUUCUGGUGGAGAAAAAUCUUUUUCUACAGUUGCCUUUCUGUAUUCUUUAUGGCAAUGCAUGGAAUUUCCUUUUUAUAUUCUCGACGAGUUUGAUGUCUUCAUGUCAUAGAUAAUGGGUAAACCAAAACCUAAAGUCGCUUAUUGCCGACAAAGU